GGCGACGAAAGGAAGGUUGCAUUCCAAGGUACGGCGUUUUGACCAGAAGCCGCUCGCAGUCAACUGUUGACGUCAAGGCGGGGUUGACUUGCGCAACUGCGAGCUUCGUCGUUGGUCCACCCCGUUCAAAGCUUGCAUGCGACCUCGCAAAACAUGUCUCACAAUUCGGACAAGGGGAGAGAAGACCCUCCGGGCUUUGGACUUUCGUUGGCUCCUCCCACAGGGAACCCCAUGACUCUCGCGGUGAGCUCCCCUGUGGAGUUCGGCAGAAUGGACUUGGGAUUAGACGUGAACCCCAGCAGUUACACACGGAGUUUGCACCCCUUUCUGAGGCCUUCGGCAGCGGAGGCGACGGCCGGGGGGGUCCCGACAGAGCACGACGAAGACACCCACACUUUGACGGGGAGGAAACUAGAGGCGUUGCAGGACUUGGCAGCUGAUUUCCUGAAAAUGGUUAAGGACUCGAGCAGCAAAGAACUGGGCGGCGAUGGGGAGCUGAAAACGCAAUCUCUCUUUCGAACGGUUCCAACGAACAUGGCAAAGCCCCCCCUGGGGCAGAACCCUAUCAGGCGGUUUGGGUCACAGAGGCAAAACUCGCUGAGGUUUAGAACAAACCCGCCGGAGAGAAUGGACAUCCCGCGGGCUGUUGCGAUCCCGCCCAACAUGUUCAGCCCGAGUAUGUUGGAGUCCCCCAUUCUGCUGCGGUCAUCGCAGGCAGAGCCAUCUCCCACCACCGGCACCUUUCCGCUGCCCCCUUUCUUUCAGGGGGGCGGCCCCGCCCUGUCUUCUUCCCCCCGGUCGCGCGAGCAGCAGGAGGCGGCCAGUCAACAGGGCUUCAUGUUCUUCCAAAAUCGGCAGGCACGCUCAGAGCAGGUUCCAACCCGGCUGAUGUCGCCACUCUCCGGACAGGUAGCACAAUCGCCCCCGCAGCAGCCUAUCCCCUUCUUCAACUCCAGCAUUUCCCCCCAGUACAAGCCAAGCCCCUCGCGCCCUCCUGUUGCGUCCCGCCCCCCCAUCCCAAUGCCCCAGCCGCUCCAGAUCAGCGACCCCCCCGAAAUGUUGGAGGAGUUCGAAAAGCCCUCGGAAGACGGGUACAACUGGCGCAAGUACGGGCAGAAACAGGUAAAGGGGUCGCAAUACCCGCGCAGUUAUUACAAGUGCACGCAUCCGGGGUGCGACGUCAAGAAGAAGGUGGAGCGAUCGAAAGACGGGAAAGUCGCGGAGAACGUUUACAAGGGGACGCACACGCACCCGAUGCCGAUGCCCCCCCGCCGGUUCAUCCAGGGGUCUCCGUCGACAAUGGUUAGCCCACAGGCCAUCAAAGCGACGCAAGAGGUGCCGUCAGAUAACGUUCGCUCUCCUGGGGGGGAGGGCGCCGAAGGGUUAGAUGACUCAGCAACGGUUGAGAUAACCACCGAGAUGGAGAUUCGCAGCCGGAUCGAGAUGCUGAAGCGGGAACUCUCCAUGGCAGGGGGGGUGCCGAGUUUACAUAUACCGGACGCCUCAAACGAACCGCCUGAUCUGAAUAAGGGCGCGUCGCCCCUCACAGCCACGCCGCCACGCAGUGCGGCGUCGUCGUUUGAGAGUGGGGGGGGCACAGCAGAGCGGAAACGGGCGGCGGAGGAGGGGGAGGAGGUAACGCAAGCGGCAAAGAAAGCUCGACUGAUACCGCCGCCGUCGGGGCGCAAUGCGCGAGAGCCGAAGGUGGUGGUGCAGACGACGAGUGACGUGGACAUCCUGGAUGACGGGUUUCGGUGGCGCAAAUACGGGCAGAAGCAGGUCAAGGACAACUCACAUCCCAGGAGUUACUACAAGUGUACGAGUGCCAACUGCCCUGUGCGCAAGCACGUGGAACGGUCGGCGACGGACAUUCGAGCAGUCAUUACUACGUACGAGGGGAAGCACAACCACGACCCGCCUGUAAUAGGGUCACAUCACCAUGACAGCCGGCCUAGCACGCCUCCGUUGCCAGCCGGGACCACGAAGUCUUUAGGGAUACAAUCCGUUGACACGCACUCGCUAGAGGGCCAAGGGUAACAAUCUAGUCAUGUAGCGCAGACAUCAAUGCUUUAGCUAUUACCUCUUAAAAGGCAUAUUGUAGUUCUCAUAUUGUUUUGAAAGAGUUUUGGAAGGAUAAUACAAAUACGCUUUAUAAGUAUGGUGGUAACCUCUUAGCAUAAAAUUCGAGCAGCCUAUAUUGAUUCCAAUCGGUCGCCGUUCUCCAAUCUCUCUCUCUUGCGAGUUGUGGUAUUGAGUUUCGAAUCUGGUACGUAAGUUGGCAUGUUCUGCUUUUAGCAUAUGAUGGGC